ACGCAGUGAUCUCACCUAAAAGGGCUUUAAACAAGCCGGAUUCAUUUGUGGCUGCUCGACUAGGAUAUAUUUCAAUUAAGCUGAAAGUGUUCGAGAUGGUUGUCAUCUCAAGAAUGCCAGUGCUAGUGUCUGUGAUCUUUGUGCUGUGUUUCGUGAGCCAACCGGCUAAUUGUUCCGUGUUCAAUGCGACCAGUUACCUAGCGAAAGGCACAAGCCUCUUUCGUCAUAAAAUACAUGACGUUGCUAAUGUGAUUUCCAAAGCGCGGCACCAUUUGCCUGGUGGACGCGUAUUCAACAAAGAAAAGCACCUGAAACUCGACGACAAGUUCGUCAAUUUAACAGCGUUGCCUUACGAUUACGAAGGCACCAUGAACUCGGUUCAAAUCAUCGUGAAUCGGGGUUACCCAGUAGCUUCGUAUUCUGUUACGACUGAAGACGGAUAUAUCCUGGAAGUGCAUCGAAUUCCCGGUAGGAAAGGUCAGACAUCCGACUUGGGGACCGGUAAACCCGUCUUUCUACAACACGGGCUUCUUUGUUCGUCAGCAGAUUGGUUGAUUAGUCCUUCCAAUCGAUCAUUAGCCUUCAUCCUAGCGGACCGCGGUUACGACGUGUGGCUCGGCAAUGCUCGAGGAAACAUUUACUCGCGCAAGCACAAGACCCUGAAUCAAAAUAAGGACGCCUACUGGAAUUUUUCUUGGGACGAAAUGGGGAAAUUCGAUAUUCCGGCAGUGCUGAACUUCAUUAUUGCCAAGACGAAGCGCGAUCGAUUGAUUUACAUGGGACAUUCCAUGGGAUGCAGCAUGCUUUUUGUAGCAAUCUCCACGUUUCCGGAACUUGCUUCGAAAAUCGAAAUGAUGUUUGCGUUUGCUCCGGCGACCUCUUUGGCACGUGCGUCCAGUCCUGUUAUUCGAAUAGCAGGUCCAUUUAUCAAACACCUUGAGUUUAUGCUGAAACUUCUUCGGACCCGUGCAUUCCUCUCUCAAGAAUCAUCGCUUGUAUACUUUCAACGGCGAUUCUGCUCGAAAAAUUUCGCGUGGGCUAGCCUUUGCAGAAACCUUCUGUUUUUUAUCGCUGGGGACGAUAUCGGUAACUUGGAUGUGGAGAUGCUGCCGGUCAUUAACGGGAACGCCCCAGCAGGCACUUCGGUCCGUACGAUAGCCCAAUUCGUGAUGAACCACAAUUCAGGGGCCACCUUCAUUCCUUAUAAUUAUGGGCUGUUGGGCAAUUAUCUCCGCUACGGAAAGAUAAGGCCGCCACCUUACGAUCUCAGCAAAUUUACCAUUCCGGUCUAUUUGUUUUACGGUCAAAAUGAUCGUCUGGUUGUGCCAGAGGACAUGAGAUGGUUAGCCGAUAAGUUACCCAAUGUCAAAGAGUUUAUCAUGGUUGAUGAUAAAUCAUAUAACCAUGUGAGCUUCUUGUGGGGAAAGAACAACAAUCGGCUUAUUUACGACCGAGUAAUAUCGCUCCUCCCUUCACCGGUCUAGUGAUUUCCGUAUCAGAGAAAGUGAUGCCAGAAGCCUGGAUAAUUUAUUUGCGCACAACUGAAGGUUUUUAUUUAUUUCUUUAUGAAUUUUUUUUUUAUUUGCUGGGGUAUGUUCAAGUGGCUC